AACAAAACCCUUAAACGCCGUCGUAUCUAUCUGCUUCUCCGCAAAACCCUAAAAAUCUUAAUCCGCUCCCUCCACAUUGGCUGAUCUUCCGGCGAAUAAUGGAAGGGAUCGAGAUGGCCGCGCCGCCUCAGGACCAAUCAUCGGUGGACGAAUUCUGCUCCGCCGUCCUGUCGCAGUUCAGCAAUUCGAAGAAAGAGAACCAUCUCCACAUCUGCACCGCCAUUGGAGCCAUGUCGCAGGAACUCAAAGACCAGAACCUUCCUAUAACCCCCAUCGCGUACUUUGGAGCAACGUGCUCCUCUCUCGAUCGCCUGUUAUCAAGCGUCGAUCCCCCGUGCCACCUCCUGGACGCCUUGAUUGCCAUUCUUUCUUUAGUUAUCGACCGAUUUUCUCCCGCUGUCCUCAAGACGAAAUACAGUUAUUUAUCCGAGCUUCUGAAUCGGCUUCUCAGUCUGAAAACCGUUGGGGAUAAUUCCGUUGUGCACGCAUUGAAGUGUGCGUCUCGAUUGUUAAUUGUGAGGGAUAAGAUUGGCUGGGAAGAUGUGUCGCAGUUGCAUGGCGUCCUCAUUAGUUAUGUAACUGAUGAUCGGGGAAAGGUGAGGAAGCAAUCACAUUUAUGUCUGCGUGAAGUCCUGAAGUAUUUUCAGUCAGUACCAAUGUUAGUACCAUUGCAUUCACAAGCAAGUGAAGUCAUUGUAAAUGUCUUUGAGAGAUUUCUUUUGCUUGCUGGGGGAUCUAAUGCAAGUGUUUCAGAAGGGUCCAAAGCUGCACAGGAAGUUCUAUACAUUCUUGAUGCCCUUAAAAUUUGCCUGCCCUAUAUGGCCUCAACUUCCUCAACAAAAAUCUUGAAGCACUACAAAUCUUUGCUGGAGCUGAAACAUCCCAUCGUUACCAAACGCAUAACAGAUGGGCUGAAUGCUCUGUGCCUCCAUUCUGCUGGAGACAUAUCUGCAGAACUCUUGGUUGAUUUGUUAUGCUCUUUAGGUUUUUCAGUUUCUGCAAAUCCAUCAUCUGCUGAUAGUAUGACAUUUACUACACGCCUGCUGAAUAUUGGGAUGAAUUUAGUUUAUUCUCGCAACAGGCAAAUAUGUGUGGUCAAGCUUCCCGUCAUUUUUAAUGCACUUAAAGAGGUUUUGGCUUCUGAACAUGAGGGGGCUGCAGUAGCAUCAAUGGAAACAUUUAAAAGCUUAAUAAAUUCAUGUAUUGAUGAGAUCUUGAUUAAACAAGGUGUGGAUGAGAUUAUCACAAAUGCCAAUGCAGCUAUAAGGAAAUCUGGCCCCACAAUCAUUGAAAAAGUUUGUUCGACAAUUGAAAGUCUGCUUGAUUAUCACUAUGAAGCUGUCUGGGAUAUGUCAUUUCAAAUUGCUUCAACCAUGUUUAACAAAUUAGGCAAGUCUUCAUUUUACUUAUUGAAAGGUACACUAAAGAACUUAGCUGAUUUGCAAAAGUUGCCAGAUGAAGACUUUGUGUUCAGGAAACAGUUGACCCAGUGUGUAGGAGCAGCGCUUAGCUCUAUGGGACCUGAGGCCUUUCUGAGUCUUAUACCACUGAAUUUGGAAGAUGAAGAUCUAUCUGAAAGCAAUCUUUGGCUAUUCCCAAUCCUGAAACAGUACACUGUUGGAGCUCAUUUGCAGUUCUUUUCCAAGUCAAUUUUGCCCUUGGUAGGAAAAAUGAAGCAGAAGUCUGCAGCGCUUGAGCAAGAAGGAAAAUUGCAAUUUGCAAGGAGUAUUGAUGGAAUUGUGUACUCCCUGUGGUCAUUGCUACCAUCAUUUUGCAAUUUCCCAGUUGAUACUUCUGAAAGUUUCAAAUAUCUGGAGAGAGCUUUAUGUGCUACUCUUAAAGAAGAGCCUGAUGUUCGUGGUAUCAUAUGCUCCAGCUUGCAGAUUCUUAUUCAGCAGAACAAGAAGAUUGUUGAAGGAAAGGAUAAUAGUACAAAUUCUGAACUACAAGUAGCAGAAGAACGAGCUAUUGCCCAUUAUACUGCACAAGUUGCUGAAUCAAACCUGAGUUCAUUGAAAUCAUCUGCUCGUGAAUUAUUUUCAGCUCUUACAGGAGUUUAUUUAGAUUCAUCUAAAGAUACUGCGGGCAUUUUGCAGUCUACUAUUGGUGACCUUGCUUCUAUAUCUGAUAGACAAGUGGUCUCAUGGAUUUUCAAGAGAACCAUGCAGAAGCUUUUAAAGGUUACCCAGGAGGCUGCUAAUUCAAAUGAUACAAAAAAUUCAAAUAUGAUGCAGAUUGACUCAUCGGAUGAUGGUUCACGGUCAAAAGGCAGGGCUCGACUGUUUGACCUUGCAGUUUCCUUUCUACCUGGGUUGGACUCAAAGGAAAUUGAUCUUCUAUUUAUUGCCAUACAACCUGCAUUGAAGGAUGCUGAUGGCUUGAUCCAGAAGAGGGCGUAUAGAGUGUUGUCUAUAAUCUUCCAGGGUUCUGACGAUUUCAUUUCAAGAAGACUCGGAGAGAUGCUCAAUUUGAUGAUUGAAGUGCUGCCCUCUUGUCAUUUUUCUGCUAAGCGCCACAGACUUGACUGCUUAUACUUCUUGAUUAUUUAUGUUUUGAAGGAAGGAUCUGAACAGAGGAGGCAAGACAUAACUGCUUCUUUUCUUACUGAAAUUAUAUUAGCUCUAAAAGAGGCAAACAAGAAAACAAGAAACCAGGCUUCCGAUAUACUUGUACAGAUUGGUCGUAUCUGUGGAGACGAGAAUGGUGGCAAGGAGAAGUUGCAUCAAUUUUUUAACAUGGUUGCUGGUGGCCUGGCGGGUGAGAGCCCCCAUAUGAUCAGUGCUGCGAUGACAGGCUUAGCUCGUCUGGCCUACGAGUUCUCUGAUCUUGUUUCUGCUGCUUACAAUGUUCUUCCAUCUGCUCUUCUCCUACUACAAAGGAAAAACAAAGAAAUAAUCAAGGCUAAUUUAGGUUUGCUGAAAGUAUUGGUUGCAAAAUCGCCAACUGAUAGCCUGCAAACAUACUUGCGAAGCAUGGUGGAAGGGUUGCUGAAUUGGCAAGAUAGUACCAGAAACCAUUUCAAGGCAAAGGUUAAAUUGCUCCUGGGAAUGCUCGUGAGGAAAUGUGGUCUGGAUGCUGUUAAAGAAGUCAUGCCUGAGGAGCAUAUGAAACUCCUAACAAAUAUUCGAAAGCUUAAGGAGCGAACUGAGAGGAAACAAUCUGCAAAAUCCUCAGAAGAUAGGUCAAUUCAGUCAAGAGCGACUACAUCGAGAAUGAGUCGAUGGAAUCACACAAGGAUAUUUUCUGAUUUCGAUGAUGUGGAAACGAGGAACAGCGACGGUGAGUUUGCUGAUGGAAAGAGCAUUUCUACUCGUCGGAGCAAGUUUUCCUCUGCAAUGCAAUCCAAGGCAUCUUUGUUACGAUCCAAGCGGGCCCGCAAAGCUGCAAAGAGUUUACAAGAAGACUCCUUCAACCAAUUGGACGACGAGCCCCUCGACUUACUUGAUAGUCAACGAACAAGAUCUGCACUUCGACUAUCACAGCCAUUAAAGAGGAAGCCCGAUUUGGAAGAUGAACUCGAGAUAGAUUCUGAAGGGCGUCUAAUUAUUCGCGAGGAUGGUAAGAGGAAACAGAAGCGAGAUCCCUCCUUGGAAACUGGCGAGGCAGAUGAUGGGAGGAGCGAAAUUUCUGGCAGCUCAAGAAAAACGAAAAAGCGGCUAAAGACAACAUCAGAGGCGGGGUGGGCAUACACUGGGAAGGAAUACGCUAGCAAAAAGGCAAGAGGUGACUUGAAGAGAAAAGACAAACUUGAACCCUACGCAUAUUGGCCGCUUGAUCGGAAGAUGAUGAGCCGAAGACCGGAACAACGGGCAGCUGCCCGAAGAGGCAUGGCAAGUGUGGUGAAGCUGACCAAGAAACUGGAAGGGAAAAGUGUGUCGAAUGCCCUUUCGAUGUCGAAAAAGCGCAAGAAGAAUGGAAACUGAAAGAUGAAUGGGAGUGAGUCGUAAAAAAUUUUGGUAGUUGAGCGAUACUCUUUUUGUUCUGUUGGGGACGGUGAAAUUAUGAAUAUGGUGAUGGUGGCUGCAGUUAGUUAUAUUAUGCCUCAGACUCAGUUGCUACUUUUUCUUAUAUGCAUUGUAAAAUCACUGAUGGUGUGUUUAUUGGUAAUGUUUUGGUUUUGAUUUUGUUA